CAUGUUCUCCUAACCUCCUAUGCCAUGUAGCCCCUGGUUUUGGAACAUGUGCUCUCUGAUGUCCCAAACUAAUCCAAUAUGCAGAAACUUCAAACCGAGAUAAUGGCUCCCCAGUAUCCUCAAGAGUUACUAUUUUUUCCUUAUAUACCCAGAAUUGUUCUAAAGUCACAUAUUCAAUCCCAUUUCUCAAAAUCAAAUUCAAAACUUGAGAGAGCCCCAAACCAAGAACCAUGACCUCUGUUGAGAGCAACAACUCUGCAGGUUUCACAGAAGAGCAGGAAGCUUUGGUGGUCAAGUCAUGGAGCGCAAUGAAGAAGAAUGCUGGAGAGCUUAGUCUUAAAUUCUUCUUGAAGAUAUUUGAGAUUGCACCUUCUGCCAAGAAGUUAUUCUCAUUCUUGAAGGACUCUAAUGUUCCUCCUGAGCAGAAUCCAAAGCUCAAGCCCCAUGCCACGUCUGUCUUUCUUAUGACCUGUGAAUCAGCAGUUCAACUCAGGAAAGCUGGUAAAGUGACUGUGAGAGAAUCAAGCUUGAAACGACUUGGAGCUACUCACUUCAAACAUGGUGUGGUUGAUGAGCAUUUUGAGGUGACAAAAUUUGCACUGUUGGAGACAAUAAAGGAAGCAGUACCAGAAAUGUGGUGUCCAGAGAUGAAGAAUGCAUGGGGAGAAGCUUAUGAUCAACUGGUUGCUGCUAUCAAGUCUGAAAUGAAGCCCUCUUCCUCUUAGAUUUGCUUUUCCCUUUUUGUUCCAAUAAUACAAACAUCCCCAAAACCAUGUGUUUCUUUUUACUUCUUGUUGAAUUAGCUAGUUGUGCUUCAUUUUUGUCAUUCGUGCUUAAAGUCUACACUAGUUUAUUUGAUUGUGAAUAUCCUCUUUAAACUUUGUCAUUUUAUCACUGUCCUUGUAAUAAGCAGUAAUUUGUAUUCUUCUAAAGUUCUUUCCUAAUGAAGCUUUAUUAUACA